AUGUCGAGGUCUUCCCCCUCUGCCCUGUUCACCCGUCGAACCCUGAGAAGUCUCUGCCGGAAUCCCACCAUUGACUUCUUCUACGCCAAACCUCCGUCCUCGAGAUCCUUUACCCACAAACCAUCUCUUCUGCUCGUGGCUCGUCCCAUCCCGCGACCCCAACUUCCCUUUCUCCAUCCCAUCUCCCGAACAAAUAUAACACAGGCCCCGCUUGGCCGGUUCCUCUCGACCGAACGAAAGCAACGGUGGAAAGCCCAACUAUGGCGCCAGUUACGGUUUCACGCCUACCUCUGGCCGUCGCUCCUCCUAGCCACCAUUCUGUUACUCGGGGUGCAACACACCAAAAUUGAGCGAGACUACCCUACGCCUCGAGAAUGGUCGUUUUGGAGUCGUUGGAUCCUGCGGGAUGCGAAAUACACCGAGCUGGGCGAAGGGGCCAAAGUCCAACAAGUCUUGACGGACUGGGAAAAGGCCGGCUAUCUGUACACCGAGGCGAUACGACGGUUAGAGAGCGAGAAGUAUGACGGCCAGAACUUGAUGCAAAAUGAAGCGAGCGGGUCGGAUGCGGAUGCGCAUAGUCUGGGAAUCGCUGGCUUCGACGUCAGCGCGAAAAGUGAGCAGUGGCGACGGGGGUACCAUGAAGCGUUGAUGGGCGCCGGUCGUGCCGCGGAACACCUGGAUGGAAUGUGUAGAAAGAAAGGCCAAGUAAGAGGACGAGUCUAUCCUCGGGAAAGUAUUCCAGGUCCCGACAAUCCACGGCCGAAACCGCUUCCAUGGGAUAAGAACAAGGGGCAUGAAAACCCGCCCACUGCGGACCAAGUCGAGGAUGCUUUCCCACCACCCGAAACAUUCUACCUAAAGAUUCUCACCACCUCGGGGUUCGACACCAGGCAACGGCUCGAAGCUGCAAUGGCAUAUGCGGAUUGGUGCGACUUCAAGGGACUGACCGAGACGGCCGAAGAGACAUAUCACUGGGCCAUGGACAUUGCUCAAUCAGGAGUACCAGGCGUUACGACCGAGGUUGUCGACGUCCGAUCCGGAGUGAUCAACAAAGACCAAGAAGAGGUGGUUACCGAGAACAUACUGAAAGUGUGUACGGCGCUGGGCGUGCAUCAUGCCCGAGUUGGAAACGUCAAGCAAGCGUUACCCAUCUUCCUCAGUGUGUUGCGAGCCCGAAAGAGCCUACCUCCUCCGCCGUCCGGGCUGAUGGAGUUGAGCGGCAGCACAACGAAAGCCGCAGGGCAGGAGGACCAAGGCAUCUGGCCAUAUGUAUAUGCUUUGAAGGAUCUGAUCAUCGAGAGACCGUACCCUCCGCCUCCCCCCACGGGCAAUGAAAGGCCAUUCCACACGUUGAAGGAGGCGUGCGAGGAGGUCGGGUUGAUGACGUACAUCGGCGAGAUCCUGUUCGCCACCAGCGAAAGCGAGCGAGAAAAAGGUCUCAGUUGGACCCGGGACAGUGUCGAAGCCGCCGAGGCGGUCAUGUGGGUCAUGGACGAACGGAAACAAGACGACGGCAAGGAACGGUGUCGCGAGUGUCUGGAGACGGGCCUGCAGAACUGGAAGGCCAUGUCUCGCCAGAUGAGCCGGCUCGCAGCGCAGAGGGAGCAAGAGAUGGCCAAGGGGGUGGGUUCUGGUCUGUUUGGCUCGUCGUGGUCAUGGCUGGGCCUAGGAAAGGCGGUCCAGCUGGAAAGGGUGCGGCAGGAGAAACGGCGAUGGGAGGAAGAGAAUGUGCAGAUCGAACUGCGGAAGGAGAAGACCCUGCCGUUGACGCAGCCUCUCAAACCCUUGUCGGGGGGGUUGAUGUCGACUUAUGUUUGA